AUGUCGUUCAUAGGAGCAGGGGAGCUCGAACACAAGGUCUCUCAGCUGCAGCGUCAGCUCGACCACAAAGAUCAUGAAUUGAAUUCCAUAAAGAACGAGCAACGUAAGAGGGAAGAGGAUCUCGGUAAUGCUAGAAGAGCUAAAGAGGAUGCAGAGUACAAGUUGAGGGAUGAAGCGGACCGUGCGCAUCAGGCCGAAAAGUCAAUAACAGCGAAAGCGACUGAAAUCUCACAACUGAAAUUGAAAUUAUCAAAUCUUGAAUCGAGUCUGAAUCAAGCUACCGAUAAGUUGAGGAAAGAGGAGAAAGAUAAAGAGAGGAUACAGGACGCCCUAGACGAGGCAUUGAAUAGCGGAACAGAUGGAGCGUCGCAGCAGGUCAAAUCCCUUCGAUCGAGAACGAAACAACUUGAGGAAGCUCUGAGAUCGUCUGAACAAGAGAAAGAAAAACUAAGGAGUCAAGGGAGCUCAAAUGAUCCAUGGGGCUCAGGAGAGCCCUUAACUCGGGGUGAAAGGAAUAGGUUGAUGGUGUUGCAGAAUCAGGUCGAAAGCCUAAGGGAAGAGAAUGCCAGAUUGCAGGCAUCUGGACCAUCUAAACCGUCUUCAUCCGAUAUGUUCGCCUCUUCCUCACCAUCCCGCCCCAAGACCAAAGGACGUUCCAUGUCAGUAUCUGCACCCGCCCCUUCGGAGCUGAUCGAAAUGGAGAAGCAAAUUUCGUCGUUGAAAGACCAACUUGCAAUCUGUAAGAAAGAUCUGGAUAAAGCGGUCAACGAGAAAUUGGCUGUCGAGAUCACAUCCAAAAAGAAGAUGGAGAAAAUGCAGGGUGAUAUGGAUGAUAUCAAAGAAGAACUGGAUUUCUAUAGGAGAAAUCAAAAUGGAAAUGGUGUCUCGAGCAAACAAGAAAUUGAGAAGAUCAAGAAAGCCCUCACCGACGAGAAUGAUAAAUUGCAGAUACAGUUGAAAGCGAAGAAUGAUGAAGUUGCCAAACACGUACAACAAAUCCAGCAUUUCGAGAAUCAAAUCGAAUCCAUAGAAAGGCCGGAAGCUGAUCUAGAGAGAGAAAAGAAUCUACGACAAUCCCUUGAAGCUUCCAAAGGUGAUUCAUCAGUAUCCCCAAAUCGACUGGAAGAGGCGGAAGAGACAAUUCAAUCACUCCGAGCUGAACUUGCUAAAGCUCGGUCCACCUCUGCUACCACUUCUACUGAAUCAUCAUCGAAAGGAGGGGAUAUGGAGAUUCGACAAGUCAAACGAGAAUUGCAGAAAGCCCUAAGGGACAAAGAAUACCUCGAAGGUCUAGUGAAGGAGAACGACGAAUUGUUAGCUGAGAAAGAUGAGGAGAUCCAACGGAUGAAGACUGCCAUACCAGUUCCUUCGUCGCCUGUCUUGCGAGCUAAGAUUGAUGAUACUAGAUUACAAGAAUUGGAAGAGACGAAGAUGGUUCUGGAAGAGAAGAUAGAGGAACAAAAAGAAAGAUACGAAGAAGAAAUCAAGGGUAUCGAAAGUCGAUUGGAGAUGGUCACUAAGGAGGUCGACGCUGUCAAAAUCAGUGAGAAACAGUUGGCAGAAAGGCUAGCAAUGGCUCAAGAGGAGGUCGAGACACAUCGUCAUCAACAAGUCUCCUCCGAGACACAACUCGAAUCUCUCAGCGAGAAACUCGCGUCCAAGGAAACGGAAAUCUUGUCACUCAACGCUCAACUCCCUCAAUUGCGAGCCGAUCUCGAUAAAGCUCAGGACGCAUAUUUGAUCGCUCAGCAGGAUAUCGAGUCUACGAGAAACCGACUUCAAGAACUCGAAGUCUCUUUAGACGCCAAGGAAAAACUCCUAGACGAUCUCAGUGCUCAGCGAGACGAACUUGAGUCCACAUUGGCUACUAGAUCACGAGACGAUGCGGACUUUACUUUAUUGGAAAAUGCUUUGAAGGGCGCUCAAGCUCAAUUGGCGGAAGUCGAGAUCGCUUUGACAGCGAAUGAAGGAGAAAGAGCUAAACUCCAAGAAUCUCUGGCUGCUGCAAGACUCGAGAAUGAUCUAUCUUCGCAACAGGUCAGUGAUCUAUCGGCGAAUUUGGUUGCUGUCGAAAAGCAGCUGGAUGAGGUCGAAGAGCGGGCCAGAACAUUAUCUCAACAGAAGGAUGAAACUAUACAGUCACUCAACGAUGAGCUCGAUGAUCUCAGAAUGGAUGUCAGCUCACUGCAGAUCAAACUCGAUGACAAGAUUGCCGAGCUUGCUGUAUCUACCAUGUCUCACGAUAAAUUACAAGAUCUAUUCGACGAAGCCAUGAAAUCUCUUGGCGAAGUUCAAGCUAAACUGUCCGAAGCUGAAGAAGCUCAGGCGGAUCGAUCGACUGCAACCGAAGCGAGACACAAGGAUGAAGAGCUAUUCCAACUCAAAGAGGAGAAGGCUCAACUUAGCCAAAUGUUACAAUCUGCUACAGAGGAGUUCCAGGAAGAACUGGCUGCGGUCACUUUCAAAGGUGAACAAGAUCUCCUCGAAGCUCAAGGUCGUGUUCAGAAGUUGGAGAAGCAGGUCGAGGACCUCCAAUCAGACCUUUCCUCUCUCCAUAAUUCAAAAUCAUCGAUCACCAGUGAUAGUGAGACUGUUCAUCGUUUGGAACAGAAGAUCUCACAAUUGCGAUCCGAGCGAGACGACUUGCGACACAACCUUUCUUUCGUACAGAACGAGAGACAUUUCGCUAUUCGAGCUGCUAAUACCGAUAAAGAAGCCGCCUUGGAAGAUGUACGAAAAGUGAAGGAUGAAAUCAAACAAAGUAACAUGGCUUGCGAACGAUUGCGAGUGGAGUUGGAGGAAGCGAAGAUUCGCCUAGCCGAAAACGCCAGCAAAGUUAAUGAAAUAGAUGAUGAAGAGAGACAACAGCUGGUGGAACGAGUCUCUUCACUCGAAGUUGACCUUUCGAAUCAGACUGAGAAAGUUAAAUCUCUGGAAUCCCAACUCAAAUCUCGAGAAGAAGCUCUCUCGGACAUUCAAGGUCAAUUGCAAAAGGCUGAGAAACGGGCUGAAGGUUUACAAAAGGAAUUACUGGAGAUGGUCAACCACGUUGGACAAACUACCAAACUUUCCGAUCCACCGCGACAUUCACCUACUUCAGAGGACACCAGCGAUUUACCUACUGAUUUGAUAGCUGCGAUGAAUGAUGGAGAACCUCGAAGCAGAAGAACCUCGCUGGGUCACAUGCGAUCAAGGUCGAACAUGUCGGCGAAUAUGCUGCAGAACCUCAAUAUCGAGAGACAAUUACAAGCUAAAAUUGCUAGACGAGAUGCUCGAAUUGCCGAACUUACCCAUGAUCUUGAGAAAGCGAAUCUCAAUCUUACACUUGCCAAAGAGGCUCAAGAGGAGACUCUCGAAGAAAUCACUGAACUUGUAGAAGAAAGAGAUCGGCUUCAAGCUGAACUUCGACAAUCGACCCAGCGGAUUGAACAAGUCCAAAUCCAAGUCGAAAACCCUGAGGCUCUUCGUGCUAUGGUAUUGGCUUUGGUGAUGUACCGACAGAGUACCAAAUCCGCUGAAUCUAGAUGGAACGUCGCCAGCGAGAUGCUCUCCAGGUCACGAAAUGCCGCCACGGCGUUACGAGCACAUAUCGAUGUCGCUGAACACAAGUCUAACGAAGACGCUCAACGUGUCCAGAGCUUGGAAUGGGAGAAGACCGCUUUAGAAACGCAAGUUGCCGCUUUACAAGCCGAAGGGACUACUUCUCGAUUUCAACUGGACGAAGCUAGAAAAUCUCUCAGUGACCUUCCGUCUCGUCUUUCCACGUACGAAGCUGCAAGCCUGUCUGCGGCUGAAUCAACUGCCGCAUUAUCAGCUAUGGAAGUUCAGGUUGCUGAAAGAGAAGAGAGAAUAAGAGAACUCAAAGCACAAAAUAUGGAGUAUACCGCUCGAAUCGAAGUCUUGGAGGGCGAUCUGGCUGAACUCAAGUCAUCAAGAGAUGAAGAUUUGACUACCUUGAACAGCAAGAUCAGCGAACUUGAGCGUGAACUGAAAGAUAGUCAAGAUAAAGUCAAAGAAUUUGGAACGGAGAAAGAAGGAUUAGCGGAAGAUAUCAAUGCUGCGGAAAGAGCUUUGGAGGAAGGUAUGAAUGCCGCUUCAGCUGAACAGGAAAAGAUGGAGAAAAAGUGCAAAGAAGUCGAAGUUCGUGUUGCGGAACUUGAGGGUCAAUUGAGAGAGAAAGUCACCCAACUUGAAGAGAUGACAAGAAAGUGUGAGGAAGUAGAGAGAGAUCUGGAAACUGCGAAGAACAGAAUGAAGGACAUGACGACAGCUUCGGAAGAGGAUCAAGCCACGGUGCAUAAGUUACGGGGCGAACUUGAUGUUCUUAAAGAAUCCAGUCAAGGUAAUUCAGAGGUGGUUACUGAACUUCGAGAACAACUAGCCACAUUGCAAACUAACUCAAAGACCGUCGAAGAGGAGAGAAAGGCUCUUACGAUGGAGAUCAUACAACUCAAAGAGUUUGUCUCUUCCGCCAAUGAUCAACGUGAUCUCACGGGGAAACAACUCGAUAACACUGUCAUAGAGCUUGAGGACGCUAGAAAAGCGAAAGAGAUGGUCGACGAAUUAGUCCAACAAGUUAGGAUUGAACUUGCUUCUUCCGAGGAACACAGGAACGCUACUGAGAGCUCUCUGGAGGAGAUAACAAACAGAAUGGAACAAUUGUCCGUGGAGCUGAACGUCACUAAAGUCGAUCUCGUUGAGAAGACGCAAGCAUUGCAAAAUGCCCUGACCGCCUCGGAAGAACAACAAGCUGAGCUGGAAAGAUUGAGAUUGAAAAACUUGGAUCUGAAGGUUCAACUUGAGAAGGCUCAAUCAGCCGCUUCAUUUGUCGAGGUUGAUGAAGAAUUGGUAGCUGAUCUAAAAGAACGAAUCGAGCAACUCGAAUCCUCUUUGACUCAGAAGACGGAAGAGGUUGAUGAAGCCGACGAUCGAACUCGAGAAGCGUUCAAGACGAACGCUAAAUUAGAGAAGAAAUUGGGUAAAUUACAAAGACAGUUGGAAGCUGCUCAAGUAGAGAAGAAUACAGCUUUGAACAAACUUGCUACUCAGGCUCAAGCUCAACCGAGACAACCAGCUGUCACCUCUUCAAGUUCAGCACCAACAAUUAUAUCCGCUGCUGUUGUCGCCCCAGCGCCAGCACCAGCACCAACGCCGACUCAGAGCGUAGCUGCAGCUCCACCAACGACGACCAAGCCUCGAGUUGUCUCUGCCCCAUCUCCGAUCCAGCGCACACCUCUCUCAUCAGUGAACAUCUUCCAACCUUCAUCCAACACCCAUGACUCUUCACCUAUCCCUACAUCAGGACACAAGAGACAUCGAGAAGAUGAUCCUGUGAAACCUUACCCGACAGUCGACGCUAUACUCCAACCUCCUUCAAUGAAAUCGAUCUCACCACAUAGACCCAAAUCUAGCUUUACACCCCAACGAGGAAUAUCCACCCAUGGUCAUACUCAGGUUCAGGGGAAUCUUAAUUUGGAUAUAGCUAAACAGAGACCUGCUUUCCCUUUACCUCCUACUAGGAGUGUAUUCCAACCGAGAUAG